AGAAACUUGUGAACGGAAGGCUCUCGAGCCUGUGACCUGAGUAUGUGCAGCUUUCGAACGGAGGGUGGUGGAUAAGCGCAAUUCUUGGUUGUAAAGAAGGGGUUUAUGAAGAGCCUGAACUUUCUGUAUGGCGUCGCGACGCCCUGCGACGAUGGCGCAGAUGUUUCUUUUCAGAAGCAUUUUGGGGCCGCCCUUCAUGGCAAGAGUUGAUUGGACUCGUCGUCACUCGUCUGAAUCUGAUCUCGAGACAGUUACUGAGAUUUCUCAGCUGCAGCACAAUUGAAGCGGACGGCGAAGAGAGGAGGUGGAAAGAACGUGUGUAUAUGCGCUUUUGGUGCUUUAUUAGGUAGUGUCCUGCGAACAGAGCAAUUACCUGACGCAGUUUCAUCAUUUCGACAAGAAUCUUCACAACAAAUUACUUCGCCGUGCUCUCGGUGGCAGCUGAGGCCAGAGCAGUGAUAGUGACCGUCAGAAGCUUUUUUCUUUGGCAAUGGCUUCUAAUUUCUCAUGCGGUAUAGUAGGGUUAGAUCAAACGGGCUGUGUUUUGCCUUCAGUCGCAUCGGGUGCGAAACCUCGUAAAUCCAGGGCAACUCGACUUUCUUCCGUACGAUCGAUUUCUGGACCUCUCCUUCCCACAAGGCUGCCGACUUCUUCGACCAUUUCAACCUCCGAAUUUCACACGAAGGAUCCGGUAUUGAGGGCUGCCGCAAGCUUUACUGCUUCCGUAUCAGACUCAUGUAGAAAAUAUCCUUCAGCAUCGAGGAUACCCUCAAGUGUUCAAGCAUUAUCCACAGAAACCCUUUUUCCGAGUAGUCCUCUAGUAGAAGACGAGGAACUCAACUUAGUUCUCGAAUCUGCAACGUCGGGAGAAAAACUUCGUGCUGCCGCAACACUGCGGGCUCGGUCUUUUUUUGCAUAUCCCGAGGGGCGUUCCAUAACUGCCCGCAAGAUGCACCAGAAGAUGAAAGCAGACGACGAAUGUGCUGUUUUGACAAGGAAAAUUGGAGGGCUGGAACAGGGUUACAAGCGCACGGCCUGUCUGAUUGCAACAUGUCCAUCGUCGGAAGUACCAGAAUCUGGCCGUGAUCUUCACGAGAUGUGCUCAGUGGCUGGUCCUCGGACUGAAGGUUACCUCGUCGUGGGUACUCUAGAUUUGAACCAGGGUCUUAGUCUUCCAGGAGAAGUCAUGGGAGAGCGUCCAACGGGCCCGGAAGCUGAUGUCAAGAGAGCGUACUUGUCCAACGUAUGUGUCGCGGAAGAAGUUCGCAGAAGAGGAGUUGGUAUGGAACUUGUGGAGUAUGCCAAAGAGACUGCGAAGCUGUGGGGAAUACGCUACUUGUACGUUCAUGUGGUGGCCGAUAACAUUUCCGCUCGGAAGCUUUAUGAAAAGGCAGGAUUCGAAUACGAGAGCGAAGAAAGCGUGAAGGAAGCUCGGAGCCUUGGUCGCCCUCGACGUUAUAUAUUACGGACACACUUAGUAUGAUUCGUAUCGGAACCAAACAAUUACAGUUUCUUUAGAACCCCAGUUGCAGAGAGUGAUGCCCAAAUCUUCCACUUACGACGCAACCCAGGAGCAGAUCAGAUACGAGUCCGCCUUCUUAUUGACUGAUUCGAGGGAGUAUGAAAUGAUACCCGCAUGGUCCAGGUGAGGAGGACAAGGAGGGACGGGGAAUGGGCAUGGGCAGCAUAGGAAAUGGUCUCACCACAGCUGGCGUCUUGCCAGAGGCGAGAAGUGUAAAAUUACAUCUUGUAUCACUAUCAUUUGGAAAGGAAGUUCGUUCAUGUU